AUGAUGUCCAGAUUGUUUGUCGGUCGAUUGUUUAAGGACAGAAAAAAGAAACAACAAGAGAAAUCGACGAGUGCUGAAGGAAAAAAACCAACUGUUCCUAAGAAAGACUUCAUAACAAAUGUUUACCAUGAGGAUGUGGUCGAAGAGGCAAUGGUUCAACAAAAGAAGACACCAUCACUUUCGAUUCCCCAAAAACCUUCAGGUGAAGCUGAAGCACAAAAAUCAACGUCCACUCGACCCACAGACAAUCGGAUCAUAUGGGCUAAUAAUGUAAUUGGGAAGCGUCCUAUACGUACACUUGCGAAAGAAUUUGCACAAAAUAAAAAGAUAAAACCGGCCGACUUCACCACAGAAGCUUAUGAAAGGAACGACGCAAAGAAUAGAUACAAUGAUAUUAUUUGUAUUGAUGCUACGAGAGUUGUACUGAAAGAUCGGCCACCAGAUGAUGAUUAUAUCCACGCUAGCUGGAUGACGAUGCCGGAUAACCAAAAGUAUAUUUGUACACAGGGACCUCUCCUGGAAUGCGUUGGUGAUUUUUGGCACAUGAUAACGUCGGAGAAAUGCAAAGUUAUUGUGAUGUUAUGCAAUUUUAACGAAGGAAAACAUGAAAAAUGUUGUAUAUAUCUUCCGAAAGAGAAAAAAGAAGUCGGGAAUUUUGGUGGUUUCACAGUUGGAGUGAAAUCUUGCCGGCCGGAUCCAUUCGAAGGCAUCAAACAUACUGAACUUGAUGUGAAAUACGGGGAUAACAACAGUAAAAGUGCUGUAGUGCAUCAUCUGGCAUAUUUCGAUUGGCCUGACCAUACAGCUCCUCUGAAUCCAGCUCCAACUGUCGGCAUGUUCAAGUUGGGACGAACGCUAGCUGGCGGCACACCAAUUACCGUACAUUGUUCGGCAGGAAUUGGUCGAAGCGCUACAUUCGUUGCAAUCGACUACGCUGCACAGAAAAUUCGUGAGAAAUCGGACGCUUCAAUGAUUGAUGUCAUCCGCGAUUUACGAAGUCAACGUUAUCAAGCUAUUCAAUCGGCCAUACAAUACGUUUUUCUUCAUAUUUGUCUACUGGAACUCUUCGCAGCCGAGAAUCCAAAGCUAAAAGAUUCGAAAUACGCUGAAUAUAUGGAAAGUUAUGUGUCAAUGAUCAAACGAUACAAUAAAAAAGUUGAAGCGAAACAACGUGAACGAUCUCGAUCCGAGGAGAAAUGA